UUCUGGCCUCAUCUCUCAUCAAAAUACAUCACCAUGAGUGCUGAACCUGUAGCAGCAAUAGCCGCGGCUCCUGGACCUAUUCCGGGCGCCGAAGAAAAGAAGAUCGAGGCUGCUGAAGCUCCAUUGCAAACCCCAACAGCUCCAACCACAGCUCCCGAGGUUCCCGUCAAGGACGAGAAGAAGACUGAGGCUUCUGAAACCCAAUCAAAGACCGAGCCAGCUUCAGGCGAUGAUGUUCAGAGACCAGUUUCGCCGCCUGGCACCCCUCUUUCAAAGCUCUUCGCUGAGCUGCCUUCUGUCAUCGCGGACGCGCAAUACACGGAGAUGUGGGGAGUAGAGCUCACCAACUCGUUUGAUGUUCCCACUUCCAUCGUUCUGGAGAAGUUCUUGCGCGCCAACACCCAGGAUAUAGCCAAAGCUAAGGCUCAAUUGAGCGGGGCACUGAAGUGGCGGAAGCAAAUGCAACCCAGGAAGCUCCUGGCCGAGACCGAAUUCAAUGAAGCCAAGUUUGGUGGUUUGGGAUUUGUCACAGUGUAUCCGAAGACCGAGAGUCACGAGAAGGAGAUUGUCACUUGGAAUAUCUAUGGUGGCGUGAAGAACAAACAGGAGACCUUCGGAGAUGUCCAAGAAUUCGUUAAAUGGCGCGCUGCCCUGAUGGAACUUUCUCUCAAAGAGCUUGAUCUCGCUUCUGCAACUGUACCCAUCCCUCAAAACGGUGUUGAUCCUUAUAGAAUGGUCCAAGUUCACGACUAUCUCAACGUCUCGUUCCUUCGAAUGGAUCCCGCCGUCAAAGCCGCCUCCAAGGAGACCAUCCAGAUCUUCAGCAUGGCGUACCCCGAACUCCUGAAGGAGAAAUUCUUCGUCAAUGUCCCCCUGGUCAUGGGCUGGGUUUUUGCAGCCAUGAAGCUCUUCCUGAGUGCGGAAACUGUCAAGAAGUUCCACCCAUUGAGUUAUGGAAGUAACUUGGCUGGAGAAUUGCCUGGUUGGGGCCAAGAGCUACCGACAGCGUAUGGUGGAAAGGGCAAGGAUAUCAAGGAAGGGUUGACUGUCAAGUAUGCUGCUGCUGAGGCUCCUGUGAAGGAUGAGACAAAGUAGGCUGCCAUGACAUGAUGGAUCUUCUAGUUUUCCAUUCUUUAUUACUCUCAACGAGAUUUCUGUCAGUGGGGAAGAGAUUGUGCUUUGUUAUUUACUGGCGUCUAACUAGAUAUCCCCC